AUGCUAUUAGCAAUAAACGUAAAAACGAUACGCGCUCUUUUACUUUUAAAGAUGCUGCUAUUACUUAAAGAGAACGAAAGAGUUAAGGACGUAAGCACGAAAAGAGACUAUAAAGAAGCUGCCGAAGCGACGGAUGUAAACACCUUGCUCGAAAAGGAAGUACGAAAAUGCUACGCUGCGAAGCAGGUUAAGGACGCGCUUAAAAGGAAAAAUGGCCUAAUUACGGAGCAUACCUUAGACCUCUUUAUUAGUUUACGGGUAUUCGUGUGGCAAGAAAACCAAAGGUGGAAGGGCUCUUUUCAGCUGCUUAGCAAGCAAGGGCACACGUGUAUAGUAGCAUGUCCGAGGCUUACGGAAUUCAGGUCAACCUUAAUAAAACCUUAUUACUUUGAAGUUGAAAAGCUGCUAGAAGAGUUGCAGAAGUACGAUCUUAGUAUCCCGACCGUGCUCGACGAAGAAGAAGGCGAUUCUUACGUUCUAUUUAUUAAAGACUCUGAAGUGUUUAUUACCGAUAAAGAACGCCGGGACUAUAAGCUUUUAGUUAAGCUACGAGCCGAAAGAAUCAUUAAGAGCUUCGGAGCACCGUUUUAA